AUGAAGGACAUGAAGAGACUCAUCAACAUCUCAGAUGGAGAUAUAAAGGAAGCUUGGAUUGAACUGUGGACCAUAUGGAAGAACCUGAAGUGGGGAGACCUGUCCUGUAAUGAUCCUCGAUAUUUUCUCUGCUAUGAUGACAGUAAUUCAUCCAAGAAAUAUCACUUGAUUCAAGAAAAGAAAAAGUGGACAGAAGCUCAGAGUUACUGCAGAGAGAAACACACAGACCUGAUCAGUGGAACGAAGCAGCUGCAGGAUGAAGAAGUGAAGAAUGAGAUCAGUUUUGUGGAAAUUAAUACAUACAUUUUUACUGGUUUAUUCAGAGACACCUGGAGGUGGUCAGAUGGAAGCAGUUUCUCUUUCAGACACUGGCAUAAAUGGUUUGACAAUCAGGCAAGUUAUGGUGGUCAAUGCGCCAUGACUAAGUUUGAUGAUGGAGGCAGAUGGAGGACUGAGAACUGUGAUGGAAGAAAACCCUUCAUCUGUUAUGAUGAUAAAGUGAUCCUGAUCAAAGAAAAGAAAACCUGGCAUGAGGCCUUGACCUACUGCAGAGAUCAUCAUGAUGACCUGGUCACCAUCACCAACAUGGAUGAACAGAUAUGGAUCCAGGAGAAAGUCAAGGACGCAUCGACUCCUUUCGUCUGGUUGGGUCUGCGCUUUAACUGCACUCUGAAUUUCUGGUUCUGGGUCUGUAAGCAGAUGAUCGGCUAUAAGAACUCGACCUCGGCAGGAUGGAUGAACGACUGCAACACGUCUGGAGCCAUGCAGGCUGGAGGAGAACAUAGAUGGUUCCAAAGAAACGACACAGAGGAACUGAACUUCAUUUGUUCUAAGGUCUAAUUGGAGCAUUAUGGCCACUGCAGGCCAAAGGAACGACGAGGCCAAAGACCAGAUAAUACCAAUUUGAUACAAACGUGGUUAUCUACAGUCAGUUCAUACGAUAAAUAUGUAAAAUGUGUUUGAAGCUGCAUAGCAUAGAUUCUUUCAAAACUCUCACAGCUGAACAAGAAGCUUUUAUA